GGGCGUCAACAAUAUGUUGGGGAAAUUAGGUGUCUCCUCUCUUUGGGAAGGCGAGUUUUAAAAAGCUCGGCGCAGACCAUGCUAUGACGACUUCCCUGAUCUUGCAUCCACGCUGGGCGGAGACCUUCAUGUACGUCUACGAGGAGACCCCGAAUGAGAGCAGCCCCAACAAGAUCCCAGCCACCGCCGCCGCCGCCAUGGAAGGGCUCGCGGGGAAUUGCCCGGCCAGCCAUUGCCGGGACCUGAUCGCCCACCCGGCCCUGGGACGACACUCCAGCGGGCUCGGCGGCCACCAGGGCUCGGUCUACGCGGAGAUCCCGGCGCCCGACGCCUCCCGACAGUGCCCGCCGCCGCCGCCUCCGCCGCCGCCUCCUCCCGCCGCCUCCAGCGGCCCCCUGGGCUACGGCUACCCCUUCGGAGGCAGCUACUACGGGUGCCGCUUGUCCCACGCCCACAACGUCAACUUGCAGCAGAAGCCUUGCUCCUACCACCCGGCUGCAGCUGAGAAAUACCCCCCGGAGCCCAGCGGCUCCCUCCCCAGCGAAGAACUCUCCUCCCGGGCCAAAGAGUUUGCCUUUUACCCGAGCUUUGCCAGCUCCUACCAAGCCGUCCCGGGCUAUUUGGACGUAUCCGUGGUGCCCGGGAUCAGCGGCCACCCGGAGCCCCGGCACGACGCGCUGCUGCCCAUGGACGGCUACCAGCACUGGGCGCUCUCCAACGGGUGGGACGGGCAGGUCUAUUGCUCCAAGGAGCAGCCCCAGUCCGGACACCUCUGGAAGUCACCGUUCCCAGAUGUGGUCCCUCUUCAACCAGAAGUGAGCAGCUACCGUAGGGGUCGAAAGAAAAGAGUCCCCUACACGAAAAUCCAGCUGAAAGAACUAGAGAAAGAGUACGCCGCCAGCAAGUUCAUUACCAAAGAGAAGCGACGACGGAUCUCGGCUACCACUAACCUUUCCGAGCGCCAGGUCACCAUUUGGUUUCAGAACCGGAGGGUGAAGGAGAAGAAGGUGGUUAGUAAAUCUAAAGCACCUCACCUGCACGCCACCUGACCCAGCCCUCCUUCAAAGGGCAAAAAAAUAUUAAAAAGCCAGAACAAACAAGCCCAAGUCUAGAGAAGCCGCCGACACUCUCAGCACCACUUCCGCCAACUAAGCGGGCACAGGACAGAAUCAAAGACACCUAUUUAUUGGGUCCAUUUGUAUAAAAAUAAUCCAGCCAGGCACCGGGACUCUUUAAUUUGAUUAUUUAAAGGGAAAACACCUCCAAAGAGGCGGCCAGGGAUCGCAACCGCCCUCUUUGGGUUUCCUUCUGUCUUCUUCUUCUUCUGUCUUUAACUGUGAAUGCAGCCGCCCUCCUUAAACAGCAGUUUGGAUAUAAUUUUUCAAGAUGCACAUUGGACAAAUAGAAGGGAGGGAAAAGGGGGAUACAAAUAAGUCAGUUUCCUAUCAGGGGUGGUUGAAUAUUAUGUUGUAGAUAGUCCUCCCCCUCCCCUCUCCUUUCUCUUUCUUUGUCUGUUUUUUUUUAAUUGAAUAUAUGUAUAUAUAAAUAUAAAUAUAUAUAUGGGGGACUUUUUCAAAGCUGUUCCGGUUCUGGUAGAGAUACCAUAAUUAUUUGCUUAUUUCUUUAAGAGGGACCCAAAGCAAAGUUCAGGAGCGGAGGAAAAAGAAAUAAGAAAGAGAGAAAUAAGGCUGCUACCCUGAAUGUGUUGCUGUUAAUGUCCCCUCCUCUCUGAUUUUAGCCUGGUAUUGCUCCAAUAAGUUUGUGUCCCUCCUGAAUUUAAAAGGGACUGGUCGAAAAGGCAGCCACUCCCAAGACUGCUUGGGUUGUAAAGCAAGACAUUCAAACGGGGUUUUCCACAAUCCUUAAUUGACCUGAAUGCGAUUUAAACUCCCUUCCCUUUUUUUUGGCCGAAUCGUAGCCUUGUUCUUUUUUAAGUUGCUGGAAGAUGUUCUCAGCCGGGUUUGAUUUCUCCUUAUUUUUUUAUUAGAAUUGUUGUUGCUGUUGUUGUUGUUCUGGUGCGUUUGUUUUCCCCGCUACCAAACUGGAAUGUUUCUUUCUCUGUGGACAUUGCGGGAGGGAAAGGCGAAACGUCGCUCUGUUGUUGAUUUUUUGUUUCUUGGGCAAUGCCCCCCUCCUUUCUAUAUACAUUCAAAUCAGGAAGAGCCCUAGGUGUUCUUUCGCGAUGUCAAAGCGGCCUUUUUUUAAAAAAGAGAGAACAAAAUUGUCUUGUCUAUGUAUAUAAUGUGGUGUCCGAAUGAUAUGUACUGAA